AUGGUCACAGAUGGCAUAAAUGGUCAGUAUUCGACAGAUGAUACUGUUAGAAGCUGUGUAGCAAAGCUGUUCUUCAGCUGUUCCCUGAAGGACCAUUACUGCCUGUACAGUAAAUCCAGUUUUACCCUCAUCAGCCAGCAGCCUUCACUGUGGAUCCAUAUCAUGUUCCUCUUCCAGCAGAGCUUGUUUGCAGAACCUUUGUCUGUACAGAGUAAUUGUGUGCAAGUCCUUAAAGCCCUGUGGGAGAAGACACAGCUUAAGGGGAUGCAUAGUUUUGAAACUGCCAUGAUUCAGUCUACAUUUCCACACCAAAAGGACCUGGACCAUGUGCAGAUGCACCUGGCAGAAGUGAGGUUCUUUGAUUUGUUCGGCUACAGCGAGGAAGCAGGAACUUGGCAGUGUUUCAUGUGCAAUAACCCUGAAAAGGCAACAGUUGUAAAUCAGGAUGGCCAACCUCUGAUCGAAGGCAAGCUUAAAGAGAAGCAAGUCAGGUGGAAGUUUAUCAAAAGAUGGAAAACUCGCUACUUCACCCUGGCUGGCAACCAGCUGCUUUUUCGGAAAGGAAAAUCUAAGGAUGACCCCAAUGACUGCCCCAUUGAGCUCAGCAAGGUGCAGAGUGUUAGAGUGGUGGCAAAGAAGCGCAGGGACCGCAGCCUGCCCCGGGCCUUUGAGAUCUUCACUGACAGCAAAACCUAUGUUUUCAAGGCCAAAGACGAGAAGAAUGCUGAGGAGUGGCUUCAGUGCAUCAACGUUGCUGUCGCACAGGCUAGAGAGAGGGAGAGCCGAGAGGCCACUACCUACCUGUAA